AUGGUUGUUGAAUAUUUCAACGAAUUUGAUGUUGAACGAAUUCCAAGAAGGUAUAUUCGUAAUAUUGAAAAUCCGUUUGAAAAAUAUAAUGACAGUACAUUUUUAAAACGUUAUCGAUUUCCAAAACUUAUUGUCAUUGAUCAGUUAUUAAAUUUAUUAGGUAUUAACUAUGCCAAUAAUCGAGGAUUGCCUAUACCUCCCAUUCUACAGUUAUUGACAACAUUACGAUUUUAUGCAACAGCAAACUUUCAAACUAUCUGUGGAGACUUGAGAGGCAUUGACCAGAGUACUGUGUCUAGAAUUAUUAAAAGAGUUUCCCAUGAGAUUGCUAGUCGUUUUAGGGACCAUGUAAAGUUUCCUCAAACUGAAGCUGAAUGGACAGUCAUUAGACAACAGUUUUUCGAAAUAGCUGGAAUUCCAGGUGUAGGAGGAUGUAUUGAUUGUACGCAUAUAAGAAUACAAAAUCCAGGUGGUAUAAAUGGAGAAGUAUUCAGGAAUCGAUAUGCAUGCAAACCUUACAUAUUUACACCUUUACUUAAUCCAGUAACAAAUGCAGAGAAAAAUUAUAAUAAAGCUCAUAUCAAAACCAGAAAUAUCGUAGAGCGAGUAUUUGGUGUAUGGAAAAGAAAAUUUCCAUGUCUAAGGAGAGGUUUAGCUAAUUCACCAAACACAAUAGUUUCAAUAAUUGUAGCUUGUGCUGUACUAUAUAACAUAAGUUUAAAAUUAAGAUUACCAGAAUUUGCUGUUGAAGAUGAAACUGUUGAAGAAGUAAAUCAUUUUGUUAAUGAUGAAAAUAGAGAGAUUAUUGGUGCAGCUGCUCGGAGAGCUUACAUUAUUAGACAUUUCACUUGA